CAGCCAAAAGCUGCACUUGAGCAAUUCCUGUUGAAACCCACCUCUCCAUUUACCACAAUGCAACACCUCAAUAACCGCGCAGAGAAUCAGCAAGGCAGCCCAGUGGCGUGUGAGAUGGAAAACUUUGGGAAAGGAGGCUGGGUGAAUCAGGCUUACAGUGGCUCUCCUGCACCCAUCAGAUGCCCCAUCAACACUGUCUACAACCCUCAGCCCAUGUUCCACAGCUCUUUGGAGAACAUGAACCAGCUGAAUCUGCCUAACCCCUAUCUGGCUGGGGAUAAAGUGCGAACAAACCCCUCAAACGAGAAGAAGUCUGGAUGCUGCUCUUUUCUCUUGAGAGCCGUCAAAGGACUGUGGGGAACAGCUCUAAGAAAGGACACAAAGGCGAAUCCUGAGCUCAAUGUCAAAGCAAAUCUCAAAGAACUGCUCAUCUACAUUGUUUUCCUAGUGGAUUUGUGCCUGUUGACCUAUGGUAUGACCAGCAGCGCCACCUACUAUUACACGAAAGCUAUGACUGAUCUCUUUGUAAACUUACCGGGUGACAGUGGACUCAGCUUUGCCUCCAUCAGCUCCAUGAAUGAUGUCUGGACAUACAUGGACAGCCCGUUACUUGACAGCCUGUACUGGACAAAGUGGUACAACGACGAGCCUCUUCCAAAUGAAAAUCAAUCCUUCAUUUACUACGAGAACCUGUUGUUAGGAGUCCCUCGCAUUCGACAGAUCAAAGUCAAAAACAACUCCUGCACCGUGCAUCCAGACUUCAAGCGGGAGAUUUCAGACUGUUUUGAUGUGUACAGCGAAAAGAAAGAAGAUGACAGCAGGUUUGGACUGAUCAACGGAACAGCCUGGCAGUACCAUACAGAAAAGGAGCUCAAAGGGUCAAGUCACUGGGGUUUACUGACCACAUACACUGGAGCAGGAUAUUAUCAAGACCUGGCGAAGACCAAAGAAGAGAGCGCCGCUAUCCUGAUGGACCUCAGAAACAACCUGUGGCUCAGCCGUGGAACUCGGGUUCUUUUCAUUGACUUCACUACGUACAAUGCCAACAUCAAUCUCUUCUGCGUUUUAAGAUUAGUGGUUGAAUUUCCAGCUACCGGUGGAGUGAUUCCAUCCUACCAGAUCCGUACGGUAAAGCUGAUUCGUUACGUCACCACGUGGGACUUCUUCAUCAUCGGCUGCGAGAUCUUUUUCUGCGUCUUCAUACUCUAUUACAUUGUGGAGGAGAUUCUGGAAUUCCGAAUCAAUAGACUGUCCCAUUUCAAGAACAUCUGGAACAUACUAGAUCUAGUGGUCAUACUGCUUGCUGUGGUAGCAAUAAUCUUCAGUGUGUUUCGGACCAUCAAAGUGGAUGAGUUACUUGGAGACCUUCUAGAACACCCGGACAUCUACGCUGAUUUCGAGUUUCUGGCAUUCUGGCAAACUCAAUACAAUAACAUGAAUGCAGUCAAUUUGUUUUUUGCUUGGAUUAAGAUCUUCAAGUACAUAAGUUUCAAUAAGACGAUGACCCAGCUUACAUCCACUCUGGCUCGCUGUGCAUUAGACAUCUUCGGAUUCGCCAUUAUGUUCUUCAUUGUGUUCUUUGCAUAUGCUCAGCUGGGUUACCUGCUCUUUGGAAUGGAAGUUCCAACAUUCAGCACAUUUAACAAGUGCAUUUUCACACAAUUUCGAAUCAUCCUUGGAGAUUUCGAUUAUAAUGCCAUUGACCAGGCAAACAGAGUUCUUGGACCAAUAUACUUUUUCUCCUAUGUGUUCUUUGUCUUCUUUGUGUUACUGAACAUGUUUCUGGCCAUCAUCAAUGACACAUACUCUGAGGUGAAGUCAGAACUCGCUUCUCAGAAAGAUGAGUUCCAGAUUACAGAUCUCAUCAAACAGAGUUACGAGAAAACCAUCAUGAAACUGAAUCUUAAAAAGGAAAAGAUCGCCGAUGUUCAGAAAGCCCUGGAUUCAGGUUCAAGUGAGCUGCAGUUUAAAGAUUUCAGGGAUGCUUUGAAAGAAAUGGGUCAUGCUGACCAUGAGAUCUCAGCCGCUUUCUCCAGAUUUGACCAAGAUGGGAACCAGACUUUGGACAAGCAGGAGCAGGAGAGAAUGAAACAAGAUCUGGAGGAAAAAAGGGAUGCACUCAGUGAAGAGCUUCGUAAUCUUGAAAACAGUGUUGAAUCAGCGGAGGACCACAGUGAGAAGACAGUUCCUCCGGUCGUCUUUCAGAGGCUGGUUCACAAAGUUGAUCAGCUUGAAAAUGCCGUGAUCACUAUAUUGUCCAAACUGGAUGUUAUCAUGGAGAAAGUGAGACUUCAAACAUUCAACACAGACAUGGAUAGGCAGACUACUAGAGAUGAAUCAAGACCGGCUUCAGGAGGGAAUAUUCAGGUAAACCUGGAUAGAGCCGUGGCUCAGGGACCAGCAUCCUGGUCAUUAGCUGGUCCGAUGGGAAAUAUGAGGAAUCGUUUGUACCCAGAUGUCGGGUGGCCAGUCGUCACUGAGAACAGUAGUUCUGCACGUCACUGAUUCAUCAAAACCUGAGUUUCAAACCGACUAAUAAUUGGCUUCAUUUAAGCCUGGUCUGUGGAUAAACAGACUCAGAAUGUGACCGUAGAAUGGAAGGUAUUACUGUGUAGAAUAGAUGUAGUACUCUAUGUUACCAGCGGCACAGAAAUGUAUCUGUUCUCCAUACUGACUUGUUUAAUGUGCAGUUACUGUGGCAUUUAUAUGAGUUAAAUAAGAGGUACUAUGAUUGACAUUAGGACUAUCUUCCACUUUAAAGCUUGAUUAAUGUUAAGCACAGUGUAAUUGUGUUGUGGUUAGUAAAAUACAUUCCCUCGAGUUGCUGGAAGUUUCAACUAUAUCAGGCUAAUGAUAACUUUUUCGGAUCUUCUUCCUAUUGAAGAAUUAAUUUUCAUGACUAUUACUUCUUAUGAAACAAAUUCUCCUGUAAUCUCAUGGCUAACAGAUUAUUUUCAAUCAUAUAGUAUGGAAUCUUCGCUGAGUGCUAAAUUUAGUGAGAAUGGAGUCACUGUGUUACAUUUGCCAUGUUAUGAAAAGUAAUCAGUGCAAUGUGUAUUAGUCUUUAGAAAAUUAAUAUAAACUUUUAAAGAUGAUUUCCUUAAUCUCUUAUAUAAACCACACUAUUUUAUAGUGUGAAGCAUAUCAGUGUAUACACAGACUAGUAUAGUUUAUACAUUAAUCUUGGAACAAUAUUGCUUGUAUAUUUUAAAAUAUAUUUAUAUUUACCUUUCUUCUUUCCUAACUGACAUUUAUUAUAUAUUAUCAAUAAAUAA